GACUUUGGAAUAAAACAUAUCUCAGUUACGGGUGAGGCAGAAAGUAAACUGCUGCCUCACCCAGUAUACAGACGCAUUUUGAGAUGCAUUGAAACUUAAAUUUCAAUGCAUCUGAAAUUUGCAUUGAAAUUUCAGAUGCAAAUUUGAAAUUUGCAUCUGAACACAACCAUAGGCGUGUCUAACCUAUAGUUCAGGUUAAACACACUUAAACUAAAUCAGGAAGCAGUUUAUGAUUGUUGGUUCCUGCAGACGAUCAGAUUCACCUUCAGACCAAACUAGCAGCUUCCUCUGAGUGAGUCCAGCUGUAGGAGAGAAAAGUGGAAACCUCCAGCUCUGCUGUUUCCAGCUGCUCACACUCCACAGACUGAAGCUUCUCUUAGAGACAAAAUGGCUUCCAGAACAGAGGAGGAUCUCUGCUGUCCGGUCUGUAAGGAAGUCUUUAAGGAUCCAGUCAUUCUGUCAUGUUGCCACAGCUUUUGUAAGGAGUGUCUAAAGGACUGGUGGAGAGAGAAACUAGCAAGAGAGUGUCCAGUUUGUAAGAAACUAUCAGUCACCGAAGAUCCAUUUUGUAACUUGGUUCUGAAGAACCUGUGUGAGACUUUCUUACAGCACAGAGAUCAGAGAGUUUCAGAGGAUCUCUGCAGUCUGCACUCUGAGAAACUCAAACUCUUCUGUCUGGACCAUGAGCAGACAGUUUGUCACAUCUGCAGUCAUUCAGAUAAACACACCGGGCAUAGAUUUAAACCUAUCGAGGAAGUUGUGCAGCAACUCAAGAACAAAAUUAAAGAAUCUCUGGAGCCUAUAAAAAAAAACCUGGACCUCAGGAUGAAAGUUCUGGAAAAGGUUUACCGGACCGCAGAAGACGUGAAGGUCCAGGCCCGACACACAGAGAGGCAGAUUGUUGAGCAGUUUAAGAAGCUUCAUCACUUUCUAGCAGAGGAAGAGGAGGCCAGGCUGGCUGCACUGAGGGAGGAAGAGGAGCAGAAGAGAGGGAUGAUGAAGGAGAAGAUGGAGGCUCUGAGCAGAGAGAUAGCAGCUCUUUCAGACACAGUCAGAGCCACAGAGGAGGAGCUGAGAGCUGCAGACGUCUCAUUCCUGCACAACUACAAGGCUGCAGUGGAAAGAGUCCAGUGCUGCCCCCUGCUGGAGGAUCCACAGCUGCCCUCAGGAGCUCUGAUAGACCAGGCCAAACAUCUGGGCAACCUGGCCUUCAACAUCUGGAGCAACUUGAAGAACAUGGUGACCUACACUCCUCUGGUUCUGGACCCAAACACAGCUCAUCCAGGACUCCACCUGUCUGGAGAUCUGACCAGUUUGACUGUAGGAGAGGAACAGCAGCUUCCUGAUAAUCCAGAGAGGUUUGGUUCAGGGUAUUCUGUCCUGAGCUAUGAGGGCUUUAACUCAGGGAACCACAAAUGGGAUGUUGAUGUUGGAGACAGUGAAGGCUGGGCAUGUGGUGUGUUAGCAGAGUCUGUUCAGAGGAAGGGGAUCAUACAGUCUGGGUGGCUGGUUCUGUGGUUCAAUGAAGGUGAAUACUUAGCACGUUCUCCAAAAGCAUCGACACGUCUCCAAGUCCAGAAGAAACUCCAGAGGAUCAGAAUGAAUCUGGACUGGGACAGAGGAAAGCUGUCGUUCUCUGAUCUGGAUACUAACACACACAUACACACCUUCACACACACCUUCACUGACAAGAUGUUUCCAUAUUUCAACACUAGUCAUGUAACAGUUUUACCGAUGAAGAUCUCAGUGAUCAAACAGCAGCUCUGAUGUUCUCAGCAUGAAGAACAAAAAGUCCAAAUGAAACUUUAUUGAUCACAAGUUUUAAUCAGGAAACUCUAAGUGAUGUGAUCUGAUCACUUGUUUGUUUUCAGUUCAGAUUCUGAUCUUAAUUUUUCUUAAAUAUUUUGAAGGCAAAACAUUUAA